GGUUGCAAAUCGGUGGCACAAGGCAGAGGACUAAUUGUUGGUCAAAGAUGGUAGAUAAUCGAAAUCAUCGGUCGCCAGCCUGGGUUCUGGUGUGGUUUACCUUGAGGUGAAGCACGACCAAUGCCAGCUCUUUUCUGAAGGGCCCCCGCGGACGACGCCAAAAACACGCGGCUCGCGCACCCGCAAUUCACCACCACCUCCACCACCGCCGGGUGCCGCAUGACGUCUCGUCUGCCCCUGCCGAACCGACGGUUACACACGACUUAACAACGAGGAUGAAUGAGAAGUUGUGGUCAACAUCUUCGCAACCAUGUAUUGCCAGAACUGCCGCACGCCUCUCAAACUGGACGGCUCUCUCGAGUCGCUCAAUCCCGCUGCCUUUGACCUGCUAGUCGGCUCUACGGGUAAAUCCGUCCCAGAACAUGGCGCCCACUCUUCAUCCAAGCCGAGCUACCCGCAAGAACGACGGGAGCUCUACGACCGGGUGUCCAAGCAAUCCACGGCCCCCGUGUACAACCGAAGAUCCAUCCCCCCUCCGCGGCAGGCGGCUCGCAAUCAACCCCAUCCUGCGAGACUCGGUCGCGGCGAUAGCGGGAACAUGUCGUUCGUGAUGCUCACCGAGUCGCAAGUCGGACCGCCUCACGGGAUGAUCCCCGGGACGAAUGGGAACGGCGACGGCUCGUCACACGGCAUCAGGCCCGGCGGCAACCCUGCAAACCAUGACCAUAGUCGAGGAGACAUCGACGACGGGUCGUUUGCAGACCAGGUCGAACGAACCGCCCGGCUGUUUGACAUCAUCUCCGCCCGUUCGGACAUUGAUCACCCUAUCUGUCUGGAAUGUACCGAUCUCCUAGUGGAGGGGAUGGAGAAACGGCUGGCAGACGCGAAGAAAGAGCGAGAUGCAUAUAGCUCUUUUCUGCGCGAUCUCAAGUCCUCGGUCCCGACGACGGAGGAGCUGGACGCCGCGCAGCAGUCUCUACAGGAGACGCUGGCUGCGGAGGAGGCUGCCUUUGCGGAGCUUGUGGCCCUCGAGAAGGAAAAGGCCGCCUUAGAUGAGGAGAUCGCCGGGCUGGAGGAUGAAUCCCGUCAGCUGGAUCUUGAGGAAGAGAAGUUCUGGCGGGAUCGCAAUGCCUUCGCCCUCACGCUUUCCGAGUUCCAGAACGAACGCGAUGCGCUGAACAUGAAGUAUGACCAUGAUUCCCGGCAGCUGGAGAGGCUACAGAGGACGAAUGUCUACAAUGAUGCUUUCUGCAUCGGGCACGAUGGCUACUUCGGCACAAUCAACGGGUUGCGACUCGGUCGCUUGGCUAACCCGUCGGUCGACUGGCCAGAGAUCAACGCUGCUUGGGGACAGACGGCUCUGCUGCUGGCGACCAUUGCUAGCAAGCUGGGGUUUCAAUUCCAGGGGUAUCAAAUCAAGCCGAUGGGCUCGAUGUCUCGGAUUGACCGACUCGAACCGUCCCGAACAUCUCCGGCUCAAUCCGUGAUCGGUGGAGGCAACCCAGGGGCAUCGAUGGCGCAUAAGGUCACCACGCUGGACCUGUUCUCGUCGGGCGAGCUGCCGCUGAACCUGCCGUGGCUUCACCGCCGGUUUGACGCCGGAAUGGUGGCUUUUCUGGAAUGUCUACGUCAACUGGGCGAGUUUGUGGAGAAGACUCCGGUGCCGGCGGCCUCGAAUCGGCGAGGUCACACGGCCACCGCGGUGACCGGUCUGAAGCUGCCAUAUGAGAUCAAAAAGGACCGGAUUGGCGAUGCGAGCAUCAAGCUUGGGUUCAACCAGAACGAUGAGACUUGGACGCGUGCUUGGUCUUCGGUGCUGCGUUUAGGCUCAAUCUUAUUCUGCCUUGCGUUGUACUCCAGUAGCACCACCGUGAGCGAGCGUUGCACCCAUUACGAAUUGGCAAGUGAUCAGCACCACCGCGCAGUAGUCAGGCUCCAUCGACCGUUUACUAUUCUAAAGUCUAUGUCUCUGGCCAACGGCCAGAUCGCGCGGGAUGUCCUCCUCGAUAGGUAAAAGAAAAGCGCUCGACGCAAGCUCCGGUGAGAGAAGGAGAAAAGGAAUUUCCCAGCAGAAAGGAGGAUCAACAAAAAAGCCGGUUUGGAUCGAAGAGAGGGUUUGUCCGUAACAGGGAUACGCAGUGGGCCGCUGCAUGGCUGAUAACUUUUUCUCUGAAUGUUAUUCUUGGGACUGGCUGCUGGCUGCUGGCUGCCUUGGUCGAGCAAUGUGAGGAAGGACGGGAGAUCGUCCUCUAGUCUGCUUGCCUGCCUGACACAUUUGAUCUGUAGCGACUCGCGAGACAAGAGUUUCUUUGUCUGGAUA